AUGGAAUUUGUCCUCCUGGGUUUCUCCGGCAUGCUAGAUGGCCAGAGAUACCUCUUCUUGGCAUAUUUCACCAUCUACUUGGUGACCAUCACAGGUAAUGUCAUGAUCUUCACCCUGAUCCAGCUGGAUUCCCAUCUCCACAGCCCCAUGUACUUCUUCCUCAGCCACCUGUCCUGCUUAGAUGUUUGCCUCUCGUCUGUCACGGUCCCCAAAAUCCUGGUGAAUCUUUUAUACCAGCAACACACCAUCUCCUACAAUCAGUGCAUGGCCCAGAUGUUCUUCCUGAUGUCCUUCACGGGGGCAGAAGCUGUGCUGCUGGCUGCCAUGGCUUAUGAUCGCUACGUCGCCAUCUGCAGGCCGUUGUACUACUCAGGCCUCAUGAACGCCAAGGCUUGCUCCCAGCUGGCCACUACCGCAUGGGUUUGGGGCUUCCUCCAUUCCGCUUUUCACACCGCUCUGAGCUCCAACUUGCACUUCUGUGGGCACAACCAGAUCGGGCACAUUUUCUGUGACGUCCCCCAGUUGUUGAAAAUUGCCUGUGGAGACCUGUACAUGAAUUUCAUGGCGACUCAGGUAGCCAGCAUUUUCAUAGGACUAUUCCCCUUCCUGGCCAUUGGCCUCUCAUACUUCUACAUCCUCUCCUCUGUCUUGCGGAUCCCGUCCAAUGCUGGCAGACAGAAAGCCCUUUCCACUUGCGCCUCUCACGUGAUCGUGGUCACCCUUUACUUUGGGAAUGGACUGGUUAACUACAACCAAUUUGGACAGGGCUACUCCUUGGAGACAGGCACUCUGAUCUCCACGAUGUACUGCAUUGUCCCCCCUGCGUUGAACCCCCUGAUCUACAGUCUCCGCAACAAGGAGGUCAAGGGAGCCCUGAGGAAGCUCCUGGAAAGCCAGAAGAAAUGA